GCCUCCCCCGUCGCCUCCCCUCCCCGCCGCCUCAAGCGCCUCAAGAAAUCCUUCCAGGCCGCCGCCGCCGUCUCCCCUCCCAAAUCUCCGCCGCCGGCAGAGGAGGAAACCCUGGCCCCGCACCUCGGGUCUCCCCGUCCUCCUCCUCCGAACCACUCCCCGCCAUCGCCGCCGUCAGCGGAGGAAGCCGUGGCCCCGCGCCUAGGGUCUCCUCUUCCCAACCCCUCCCCGCCGCCGUCAGAGCAGCAAUCCGUGGCCCCGCGCCUGGGGUCCCCUCUUCUUCCUCCUCCUCCGCCGCCAGCAGAUGCGGACGCCGCUGCCCCGGCGCCGUCCUCGCCUCCCGUCCCCGUGUCCUCGCCGCUGCCGCCGGCCGACACGGCGGAGGAGGAAGAGGAUGAUGAUGACGGGCUCGACCCCCUCUUCUCGGAGUCCGGCGGCGGCGCGGGGUGGGACCCGCUCGGUCUUCCGACGGGAGAGGACGAGGACGAGGAGGAGAUGCUGGCGGGAGGAGGGCUCAUCGAGGAGCUGCGGAGGGAGAAGGAGAAGUCCUCCGCCAAGAAGCGGCUCAACAUGGACGAGGGGGAAGACGGCGGGGCCAAGAUGGACGUCGAGCCGGAGCCGGAGGUCGCUGUGACGGGGAAGAGGAGCAAGAGGAAGAAGAAGGAUGCGGAUGCGCAAGGGAAGGGGAAGAAGAAGAAGAAGGGGGAGGAUGGGGAGGGGAAGAAGAAGAAGAAGGGGGAGGAUGGGGAGGGGAAGAAGAGGAAGAAGGACAAGGCGCCCAAGGAGUCGGCCGCAUCCAAGAAACGGGCCGAGAAGGAGAGGAGGGCUCAGCUUGAAUCGAUCCAUGCCGAGUCGCAGAGGCUGCUGCGAGAGACAAGAAAGGCAUCAUUUAAGCCAAUUGCAGAGCCAGUGUACAAACCCAUCUCCUCAGUCCUGGAGAAGAUCCGCCUUCGGAAGCUGGAGAUUCAGAAAAUGUCAAAUACUCCUGUCGAAGAGGAAGAGGAAGAGGAAGAGGAAGAGGAAGAGGAAGAGGAAGAGGAAGAAGAAGAAGAAGCCUCUUCAGAGCCCGAGAGCGAUCCAGCUGAACAGCCAGCCAUGCCUGAGGUUAAGGAAGUGGGUUCAGAUGACAAAAAUCUGAAGAAUGAUGAUGCUGACAAGGAGGUUGAAGCAAAUGCUGGUGACCUGAAUGACCACGCCAGUCUCCCUGAGGAUGAGGAUGCUGUGAUUAGCGACAAGGAUCUUGAUAAACGUGGUAGCAAAUCUCCAAACAAGGAACUUGUUGAUAGUUCUCAAGAUAAACAUGAAGACAAUGCCCAACCAAGUGAUGACUCCAUCGAUGCUGUAGAUGAAGAAGCUCAUCUGCCUCCCUCUUCAAGCCCUACCAAAAAUACAGAUGAUAGUUCUUCAGAAGAUGAAGAAGAGGAAGAAGAUAAUGACAAGGAGAACAUAUAUCCAGGCAUUCAGAAAAAUGAUGUAAACACCCAUCAACAACCUCGACGAACUGCUGCAAGUGAUUCAUGUCCAGAUGCUGCUGUCCUGAAAGACUUUCUAGAUGUUGAAGCUGAGGAAGAGGAUGACAGUGAUGAUGACAUGGCAAGGUUUAAGGACAACGAAGAAGAUGAUGGUGAUGAUGAAAAUGAAGUACUUACUGCUCUGAUUGCCGCUGGAUUUGAAGAAGAAGAAGUAGAUCAUGAGAAACGUAAUGCACUCCACCAAAAGUGGCUUCAGGAUCAAGAUGCCGCUGAAACAAAUAAUUUCAUUCAAAGAUUAAAAUAUGGUCAUCAGGAGCAGAAAGUGUUAAUGGAGGAAGACGAAGAUGAUAUCGAAGACUGUGAGGAUGAAUCAGAAAAUGAAAGGUCACAUGACUUGACUCCAAAUAUUGUGCGGCAGAAUUCUGAGAAGGCAAAACAAAUGAUUGCCAAAAUGUUCACAGAUGAGAAUGACACUUAUGAGCACUCUGAUGAUGAGGAAAUCGAGGAGCAUUUGGCCCGUCAACGUAUUUCAAAGCGAGAAGUUCAUAGUACUUCAUUCAUAUCUCCAUUGGAAGAUGACAGUUCAAGGGAAAUGUUUAGCCUUAUAAAGAAGCUCAAUAUUGCUCCUCAACCCCCCAAGAGGAGGGGAAAGCAAGCCACAUCAAAUCUUGAAAUGCUUAUGGUCGGAAGUAACAGCAACUCAUCAUCAAAGUCGUCUUUUCUCGGCCGAACAACGAGUGGUCCAAUCUCAUCUUCUCAUAGAUCAACUUACAAGGGCUACAUUUUCGGUCGCGAUGACAGCAAUAGCAACAGCAAGAGCUGCUUUGCAGCUUCUGAGAGUAACUCGGAUGUGCAGGACCAGGCGAACCCCAGCCAACCCAAGAAAGCGAAGUUCAGCAGUUCACAGACAAAGCCAGCCGCAUCAGGCGCAAGCUCCGAGGGCGGCUCUACCUCAGGCGCCUCCCUGUUCGAGCUCCUGCGCAGGUCAACUUCCGGCGCCGAGAAGCAAGAGCACAAGCGCCCCGAAAGCUUCGGCGUCAUCACGGAGAGCCAAGCCGUGCACCAGUUCUCGGCGUUCAAGCUGUCAAGGAAGUUCUCCAAGAUAGGAGCAAGGAACUGACUCACAUACCAUUGCUACCAUGUACACCUGCUUAUGUCGGUGGAAGUACAUUUUUCGUGGUAUUUUCAGUGUAGCUCGUUUCUGUUGUUACCUAUCUGUGCUCUGGGAAAAUGUGCAUUGGAUUCUGUAUCACCUUAGGUUUAAGAUGAAUGUGCAUCUGUGUGUUUCUGAAUACAUAUGGAUCUUUUUCU